AUGUCUCGUGAAAAUUGGAGGAGAUAUUUUGACUUUUCUCCUUUCGAUAAAAAUCGAAUCAAUGGAUUAUGUAGAUUAUGCAACCGAAAUUAUAAAGAUCAAAAUGGAAUAUAUAGUAAUUUUUCAAAACAUUUAAAACGAGUACAUCCAGUUGAAUAUGAUCAGGUUUUCGCUCGUGAAUAUGAAUGUUUAACGGAAGAACAAAAUGUUUUUGGUGAUGAUCAAAUAACUGAUGAUUUAACAAGUAAAAAAUAUAAACAAAGUCGAAUUAUUUUUUCUAUUACUAAAAAUUUAAUUAUUCGAUGUAAUUUGCCGUUAAAUUUUGUCGAAAAUAAUGCAUUUCGUGAUUUUAUGAAAGAAUGCAACUUUAAGUGUGAACCUAUAUCAGCAAAAAAAUUAAAAAAUGAUAUUAUACCUUCCUUUACGAAUAAAGUUCUCAAAACAAUUCAUGAAACUUUAAAUAGUAUUAACCAUGUAACAUUAACUGUUGAUGCAUGGUCCGAUCGACGUUGUCGAUCUUUUUUAGGUAUUACGUGUCACUUCAUUGAUAAUAAGAUGAUGCCACAAGCUUAUUUAAUUGAUUUUUUACGUUUCAAAUCUCCCCAUACCAGUGAAAAUAUCCAACAGUUAACGGAAGAAGUUCUUGAACGAUUUAAUAUUAAACAAAAAGUUUUUAAAAUAAUUACUGAUAAUGCUUCAUCAAUGAUUAAAGCAUAUAAAUUCGGUUUAUAUUAUAAUGAAGAAAAUGGUAUAAGAUCUGAUCAAAUGAAAUCGAUUUCCGAUAUCAGUGCAAUUUUUGAUGAUUUUGAUCGUAAGUAG